CAACCGUCAGCAGCCUUCCGUAACGCUGGUGAUCCGAAUGAAUAUGUCAGUGCGAGGAACUCUUCUUGCUUCUUCUCCAGAUCUACAACAUUCUCCUAUCAAAUUAUCUCUGAUCCGGAGAAACAACAUCACAUAUUGCUCCAAAAGGUUAUCUCGAACGCCAGCACUUGCUUGCGACUUGUUAGAGUUCAUCGACCGCGAGGCUCGAGGUAUUGCAUAAUAAAGAGGCUCGCGUAGUAUCUUUGUCAUAUAAAACGGCAUUUGAUUACUCGACGAGACGGCUAAUCUACACAUGCUGGAUUUCUAGAAGAUAUGAGAGAUGAACCAGUCGGCCUUAGAGAAUCCCCGCAAAGAGUUAUAGACGAUAUCCAAUCGAAAGAGGUCGAGAGGACCCGCAUAGCGUCUGCAGGUCCGAAUUAUUCUGGCAUUGGCUAUCGCAAGACUACGAAAUCCAACAAGACCAAUGUGGCAGACCGAAGCCUCUCCCCAGUCUCCUCGAACGCGAUGAACGCGCUGAACGGCCUUACCAUACCCUCCGCAGAGCCCACAAAGAAAUCUAAAUCGACGAGCACUAUAAGAUCGGUACCCUCAGAUCAAGGCUCACUCCUUUCCACCUCCCAAGACGAUCCCUCUCGACGAGCCCAAGGUCGAAGCGAUCCUACGGCGAUGCCACAUUACACCGGCGAGCACAUUCCAGCUAUACCCGUAUCGUCAUCACUGAAUAACCUCACUCGUCAACAUUCAAACUCAACCGGGCUCUCCGUAGCGAGUAGCGUUGUGCGCAGAAUAUCCUCCGAAUUUGGCCCAACACGUUCACUGGCCAGCACAAACGGUCUACACAUCCCCGAGGACUCCGCCAGCACGAGCGAGACGCACGACACGAACGACUCGAACAGUGCGAGCAGCGCGAACGGGGUCAACGGCAGCAGUCUUGUAACGUCACCUUUAAACCCCAACACCACCCAGCAAUGGAGCACUGCGGUCGGACGAUCCACCCUUGGAAAGUCUGGCCGGGUGAUUGAGAAAUUGCAAAACCAGCUCGAUACCAUGCGCAGGGAACUAACGUCGGAGAAGGCCAACACGGUCGAGUACAGAAAUGCGGUGGCGUUGGCGGAGACGAAGAUGGGUCAGAUGAGGGAGGAAUACGAUAUCGCGUUGCAUGAUGCGGCGAUUGCGAAGACGUCGUUGAAGAGGAGGGAGCGUCAGGUCGCGGAGAUGAAGGCCCAGAUUGAGUCGGAGAAGCAGAGGGCGGAUAAGGCGGUCGAGAGGGAGAAGGGGUGGAGGGAACAGAUGGAGAAGGUGGAGGAGGAGAGCAAGAGGAAAGUUGAGGAGGCUCAAAUGCACGCGGCGCUGAUGGACGGACGGGUGAAGGCUAUGUCGAGUCACUGGAAAGACCAGGGGGCGGAAGUCAACCGGACGGUCGUCAAGCUACGGACGGAGAUUGGCAAGAUCGUCGAGGCGAGGAGGGCGGAUGAUAACAGGAUGAAUAUGCUUCAAGGACUAUGCGAUCAGCAGGCCGAACAGCUCACUUCCCUCCAAGCCGAGAAGGAGGCCAUUGAGCGGAAGUUCGAAGAGUACAAGCGAGAGCAGGAACAGGCGUUACAGGACAUCAAAACCAAAGCGAUAUCCCAAGAGCAACAGAACGAGUCGAAGUUACAGGAGACUCAAGAGGUACUCGGGCAACUGAAAUGGGCUCUCAAUCUACAGAAGAACACCAGAAGUCCUCGUUGAAUUACAUGGAAGGGAGGAAGGCUGCACAUAUGUGUAUAAUGGACAACGAGGGAGGGCACUUAUGAUGAUACUUAUGACCUGAUGAGCAAAGCAAGCAAGCAAGUAACUACAUACAUUUCAUGGCGCGGGGGUUUGUUUGUUUGUCUGUCUGUUGGUUGACCGGUUGGUUGGAUAGACUUGGCGCGGUCAGUCGGUCUGUUCUUCGCUCGCAUUUGCAUGGGGUUCACUGGAGUUUUUACUUACCUACCUUCUGUUUGUAUGGGUGAGGAAGUUCGUGCCAAGAGGAUUGAAGAGUGUAUGUAGAGAUGAUAGAGAGAGGAAGGUUGAUCUCAAUGAAUUUGAGGUUGCGAU